AUGUCAUGGCACCCUCAGUACCGGAGUUCCAAGUUCCGCCAUGUGUACGGCAAGCCUGCUAGCAAGGAGAAGUGCUACGACUGCGUCCCCAUCACUUGCAGUGUGCACGACAACCACUUCUGCGCUGUCAACCCCCACUUCAUUGCUGUCGUGACAGAGUGUGCAGGUGGCGGGGCUUUCCUCGUGAUACCCAUCCAUCAGACAGGCAAGCUUGAUCCUCACUACCCCAGGGUGUGCGGGCACAGAGGAAAUGUCCUGGACAUCAAGUGGAGCCCUUUUGAUGACUUUGUAAUCGCUUCCUGUUCUGAAGAUGCCACUGUGAAAAUCUGGGACAUCCCCAAACAUUUACUAACCAGGAACAUCACCAGUGCAAGGAAGGAGCUUCUGGGUCAUGCUCGAAGGGUGGGACUCAUUGAAUGGCAUCCUACGGCCAGCAACAUUCUCUUCAGUACUGGUUAUGAUUAUAAGAUAAUGAUCUGGAACCUCGACACAAAGGAGCCUGUAAUUCAAAAUCCGGUGAAGACAAUCAGCUGUCACAGGGACGUGAUCCUCUCCAUGUCAUUCAACACAGAUGGCAGCCUGCUAGCCACUGCCUGCCGGGACAGGAAAAUACGACUCGUUGACCCACGGUCAGGAGCAGUCCUACAGGAAGCCAGCUACAAGAAUCACAGAGUGAAUAAAGUUUUGUUUCUAGGAAACAUGAAAAAGCUGCUCUCUACUGGAACAUCCCGCUGGAAUAACAGGCAAAUUGCACUAUGGGAGCAGGGUGAUCUUUCUGUGCCUUUAGUUGAGGAGGAUCUGGAUGGCUCCUCGGGGCUGCUGUUCCCGUUCUAUGACUCUGACACUCACAUGCUGUAUGUGGUGAGCAAGGGUGAUGGGAACAUACGAUACUAUGAGAUAAGCGCUGAUAAGCCAUACCUGAACUACCUGAUGGAAUUCCGCUCCCAUCAACCACAGAAAGGAAUCGGAAUCAUGCCAAAGAGGGGCCUUGAUGUGUCGGCCUGCGAGAUCUUCCGGUUCUACAAACUGAUCCCAGGCAAAAGCCUGAUUGAGCCCGUCUCUAUGAUUGUUCCUCGCCGGUCGGAGUCGUACCAGGAAGACAUCUACCCAAUGACAGCUGGAGCCCAGCCAGCACUCACGGCGCAGGAAUGGCUGAACGGAAUGAAUAAAGGUCCUGUCCUGGUAUCUUUGAGACCAGGCUUUGAAAUCCUGAGUUCUCUGCCACAAUUUCCUGAGAGAGAACCAUCACUGCGGUAUCAGGACAGGACAGAAAGAAUGGCAAUGAAGGAAAUUCAGAAGCAAAGUGGGAUCCAAGAAAAGAGAGGCCAGAAAAAAGUGGAGGAAAGAUUGCAGGAAAACAGACAAAUGCGGCUUUCAAAUGGCUUCGACUUAUUCGAGUGUCCUCUACCCAAAACCGAGAAUGAGCUGUUGCAGAUGUUUUACCGACAGCAGGAAGAAAUCCGGAGACUGCGAGAGCUGGUUAACCAGAGGGACGUUCAAAUCAAACAGCUAGAACUGGAGAUUAAAAACAUCCACAUGGACUCGGGCAGGUACUGA